AUGCUGCGCUGGCUGCGGGGCUUCGUGUUGCCCGCGGCGAGCUGCCACACCGACGAGGAAGACAACUUACACUACAAGAACCUUUUCCAAUACCUGGACCACAACGGGGACGGGGUGGUGGACAUCUUGGAGCUCCAAGAGGGCCUGAAAAACUGGAACCCCUCUUUCGCCCGGGAGAAGGAUAUUUAUAAAACUGUAGAUACCAAUGCUGAUUCCGGAUUGAACUUUGAAGAUUUUAUGCGCUACCUUAAAGACCACGAGAGAAAAAUGACGCUGGCAUUUAAUAGUCUGGACAAAAAUAAUGAUGGAAUAAUAGAAACUUCAGAAAUAAUUGCUGUUUUGAAAUCACUGGGUAUAAAUAUUUCUGAAACUCAAGCAAAAAAGAUUAUACAAAGCAUUGAUAGAGAUGGAACAAUGACAGUAGAUUGGGAUGAAUGGAAGAACUACUUCUUGCUUCAUCCUGCAAAAAAUAUCGAUGAAAUUGCUCAUUUCUGGAAGCGUUCUACUAUGAUUGACAUAGGGGAGAGCAUAGCUAUUCCAGAUGACAUUACUGAACAGGAAAAACGUUCUGGAAAUUGGUGGAAGCGCUUGGUGGCAGGAGGGAUAGCUGGUGGAGUUGCAAGGACGUGUACAGCCCCUUUUGACCGCUUGAAGGUCAUGAUGCAGAUUCAUAGUUUACAGUCAGGGAAAAUGAAAUUGCUGGAUGGGUUUAAGCAGAUGGUAAAAGAAGGUGGAAUUCUUUCUCUUUGGCGAGGAAAUGGUGUAAAUGUUUUAAAAAUUGCACCUGAGACAGCGCUCAAGGUUGGGACCUAUGAACAGUAUAAGAAAUGGCUUAGUUCUGAUGGUGCUAAAAUAGGAAUUAUUGAAAGACUUAUAUCUGGUUCAUUGGCUGGUGCAACUGCACAGACCUGUAUUUACCCUAUGGAGGUUAUAAAGACCAGGCUGGCUGUAGGUAAAACUGGACAGUACUCAGGGAUUAUUGAUUGUGGCAAGCAGCUUCUGAAGCAAGAAGGUGCUAGAGCCUUUUUCAAAGGUUAUAUUCCUAACUUGCUAGGAAUUAUACCUUAUGCAGGCAUAGAUCUUUGUGUUUAUGAGCAUUUGAAGAAUCGUUGGCUAGAACAACAUGCAAGAGGCUCUCUAGACCCUGGAAUAGUGAUUUUGCUGGGAUGUAGUACACUGUCUCAUGCUUGUGGUCAGAUGGCCAGCUUCCCUCUGAACCUUAUUAGAACUCGUAUGCAGGCUCAAGCACUGGAAGAAAAAGGAACAACUUCUAUGAUUCAGCUCAUUCAAGAUAUAUAUAACAAAGAAGGAAAAAGGGGAUUUUUCAGGGGUGUCACGCCAAACAUCAUAAAGGUGCUUCCCUCAGUAUGCAUUAGCUGUGUGACUUUUGAAAAAGUGAAAGGCCAUGUGGGAUUCACUGAGAAGUAG